UUGGGGCCCGUAUUCGGGAUAGAGCCGAUGAUCCGGCACUGGUGGAAGUUCAGUACCUUCCUAUGCACGAUAACAAUCAAACUGUUCUGGACGGAAAAUGUCCACCAGGAUGGGGAGCUGUACUAGAUACUUGCUAUUCGUAUAUUGGAGCUCCGAUGGGCUUUAGAGAAGCCAAAGAGUUUUGUAUGAAUGACAAUGCCUCGAUGCCAUACAUGAGGUCUGAUACUUCGCCUGUCCUCGCAUUUCUGGAACAGCAGAGAGGAGUGGCCAACGACUACUCCGUGUCGGCAGCGUACGACCAGCGCGUGUGGGUCCAGGACCUGGACCGAAUCGAUCAAUGCACGGCCUUAGAGUACAGGGGCAUUGUUUUAGAUGACUGCCAGAGCAGACAUGGAUUUAUAUGUGAAAUAGAUCCAAUUGUCAGCAUAGAUCCACUUUUAUGGACAACGGACAUUGUUGCCAUCGGAGUGAUAAGCUCAAUGGCUAUUGCUGUUUUGGUAUUGGCUCUGGCUAUUGCUUGCUGGUAUCAUAAAUCAAGACAUCGUCAUGCACAACGUUUGCAGAGAAGAAACAGUAUCAGACAAUCCUUGAGGUCUCUGAAUAGCCUGGAUCCCGGUUCUAUGAGGAGAAAAAACUUGUCUGGAUCUCGAUCUACUGACACGUUAACUGUGAAAUCAGCAUCGGAUUGUAAAAGAAUGCUGUCCUCCGGUUCCAUAGAUUCCAUUGAAAAAAGCGUAUUCACGGGAUCCAGCUUAGACGACGAUAGGAGCUUUGAUGUUUAUGAAUCCCACAAUCCUAGGACUGGCUACAAUGGCUUACACUCGCAGAACGUGAAUCCGUUCGUAGAUUCAAAGCCACGUUUCUACGGGGCGAACGAGUUUCGAGAGGGCGGCAAGGAUUACGAGAAGCCGCGACUGGGCAAUCAUUAUGCCAACGGCGGCAGCUCCUUGCCUAACGCCAACAACGCGCCUGGAUACGAACUGGCUUACCGCAACGAAGGAUUCCGGGAUCCUGCCGCGGCCGGCUCGACUUUCGGGGCUGGCAAGGGACUCAAGCAGAGACCCUUCGCCGCUAACUUGGGAAUACCGGAGGUCGAUGACAGUAUGGAGCAUCAUGCAGGUCACUCAGACUACUAUAACAACGCUUCAACGUUGCCUUUGAAUAGUACACUUGACAAAUCGAUUACUGAAUCCGAGUCGUUAAAUCUAAGCCAGUACAGCGACCGAGGACUAAUGUUUUUCAAGGAUGCUUCUCCCGAGGAUAACAACAAAUAUCCGCCGACUGCAGAAUAUGCAUCAGCCCACAGCACUUUCCGUGCUCCUGCUAAAGUAGAAAGAGAUCUGAGGCUAGAAAAUGGUUUGCCGCCUGCUCCUCAUUAUGAUAAAACUAUACCAAAACAGGAUAAUGUUCCUCAGUACUCAAGAGCAGCUCCGACUAUUCCUCCAAGUCCACUGAACUAUCAGAGGGCUGCAUCAAAUGUACUACAGAACAAUCCUAAUGUGCCCGAGAACUUGCCCAUCGUCUACCACCAGAACCUGCCACCGCCGCCGUCGAACGCGCAGCAGAGCGGCGUACCGCCCGCCGUUCCGCCUCCAACUUAUGUGCAGAUAAAUCUAACAUACAAGAAUCCCACGACGCUCAGCGACGGCUCACCCCUGGAGAGGAAAGUGCAAAACUUCGAAAACGCCCCAUUGAUGAGCGAUGCGGAAUCCACCACCAGCAGCGUUCCAUCGGAAAGGAGAAAUGUUCAGAAGCCGGCAGUGCCUCAGAGGUAA